CCCCAUCCAUCGCUUCCCCGGAGUCGACAUUGGGAGCGCUCUAGCACCGAGGGAGUAGUGUGGAAUAUAACCCAGAGAACCUUCCACCGUACAGCGCUCGAGAGCAGGCGACUAAACAACGGACCGUUGCCGUAUUCUUUGCCAGCCCGAGACUCUUUGUCAAAUACGUUGCCAAAUGCCAACUGUGCCCGCGCUUUAGAACCGACGGUUAACCGUGUGGAGUUUGAAACCAGCGGCCCAAACAUGCUGCACUAAACCUUUGUUUGUUUGUCGAUAAAAUAGAACUUGACUUGACGAGAAGCAUUUGUGUCGUUACGGAGUAAACCUGUUCACCCGGCAUCCAUGAAUUCGGAUAUCAAUGUGUACCUCGGCCGGGAGAAAGCGGGCAUCAUGCGGAAGAGAGCUUUGCUCCUUAGGAAAGGGUGCAGCUUUGAGAUUACAAGCUCAGCCUCUGAGGACCUGGGCUGUAGGCGUGGUGACUUCAGCCGAAAACACUAUGGCUCCGUCGAACUGCUGAUCUCCAGUGAUGCAGACGGGGCCAUUCAGAGGGCUGGACGCUUUAGAGUGGAGAACGGCUCAUCAGAUGAGACUACGGACUACACGCCAGGAACUUGGAGAAGAACCGAUGUCCAUCUGGAGAACCCAGAAUACCACACCAGAUGGUUCUUCAAAUACUUCCUGGGGAAAGUCCACCAGAACUACGUGGGUACAGAUGCCGAGAAGAACCCUUUUUACCUGUCUGUGGUUCUGUCAGACCAGAACAACCAACGGGUCCCUCAGUACCGGGCCAUUCUCUGGAGGAAGAGUGGCACCCUGAAAAUCAGUCUGCCCUACAGUCCCACCAAAACACUAUCAGUCAAAUCCAUCCUAAGUGCUAUGAACCUAGACAGGUUUGAAAAAGGGCCCAGGGAGAUACUCAAUCCAGAUAUACAGAAGGACCUCCUGGUGUUAGAGGAACAGGAGGGUUCUGUCAAUUUUAAAUUUGGUGUUCUGUACGCCAAAGAUGGCCAGCUGACAGAUGAUGAGAUGUUUAGUAAUGAGAUGGGCAGCGAAAGCUUUGAUAAGUUCCUAAACCUGCUAGGAGACAGCAUAUCCCUACAGGGCUGGGCAGGCUACAGAGGAGGCUUAGACACCAAGAACGACACCACAGGAAUGAACUCUAUCUACACAGUGUACCAGGGCCAUGAGCUGAUGUUCCAUGUUUCUACCAUGCUCCCCUACUCUAAGGAGAAUAAGCAGCAGGUGGAGAGGAAGAGACAUAUUGGGAACGACAUAGUCACCAUCGUAUUCCAGGAGGGAGAUGACGCCUCACCAUCCUUCAAACCGUCCAUGAUACGCUCCCACUUCACACAUAUUUUUGCAUUGGUCAGAUAUAACAGUCAGAACGACAGUUACAGGUUGAAGAUAUUCUCAGAGGAGAGUGUUCCCCUGUUUGGACCUCCCCUUCCCUCCCCACCUGUGUUUACAGACCACCAGGAAUUCAGGGACUUUUUGCUAGUCAAAUUAAUCAAUGGGGAGAAAGCCACCCUGGACACGCCUACGUUUGCUCAGAAGCGUCAGAGGACUCUGGACAUGCUGAUCCGAUCCCUCUACCAGGACCUCAUCCCAGACCUCCACAAGGUUCCCUUCUCUCCUCAGAACAUGCUGAACAGACGCUCCUUCAGUGACGUGCUCCCAGAGUCGCCCAAGUCCGCACGCAAAAAGGAGGAGGCACGACAGGCUGAGUUUGUCAGGAUAGGACAGGCGUUGAAGCUGAAGACCAUAGUGAGAGGAGACGCUCCCACCAGUUUGGUGACCACAGGCCUGUGUAGGAAGGAGCCCUGGGAGUCCCAGUCUUUCUGCAGUACAUUUCCCCAUGAGACCGUGUGUGCCGACUCCUGGGGUCAGUCACUGCUGGUUGCCACGGACAUGGCAGGGGUAAUGUUAUUGGACGCACCUGAUCCAAUGCUUGCAAACACCGAACUUCCAGCGGUGCCUCCAGUGCAGGUGUUUGACAAGACCAUGGUGGUCAAGCAGAUGCACAUUCUAGAACCUCAGGACUUGCUCAUCACCCGAGCAGAUAAAGGGAAAGAUGCCCGUCUCUAUGUGUUCAGACUGAGCACGCUCAAGAGAGGACUGGAGGAGAGGCAGCUGGUCAGGAGCAAGUGUGACAGCCGAGAGAACAAGCUGGAGAAGACUAAAGGCUGUCAUCUCUACUCCAUCAACACACACCACGGGGUGGAGUUGCGCAUCGUGGCGGCCAUAAGGAACAAGCUCCUCCUAAUCACCAGGAAACAGCCACGCCCUGACGGGUUUGGCGCCAUUGCCAUGGGAGCGGACUCACCAGUGGAGGAGUUCCAGUACAUACGGGAAAUCUGCCUUUGUGAUCCCCCAGUCGUCAUGGCGUUGGUUGACGGGCCGACGGGGGAAAAUGACAACAUGAUCUGUGUGGCGUACAAACACCAGUUUGACUUGAUCAACGAGAGUACUGGAGAUGCUUACCGGCUGCACCACGUAGAUGCCAACCGGGUGAACUUUGUGGCUGCCAUCGAUGUGUACGAGGAUGGGGAGGCAGGCCUGCUGCUGUGUUACAACUACAUCUGCUACUACAAGAAGGUGUGUCCAUUCAGUGGCUCCACCCCUAUGAUCCACUCCAACGUCUCAGAGUUCCACUUCAGCUGGAACCAGAUGCCCAACGCCAUCGUUUGUGCGUUCCCCUAUAUCCUGGCCUUCACCACAGACUCCAUCGAGAUCCGACUGGUUGUCAACGGCAAUCUGGUGUACACAGCCGUGGUUCCUGAGCUACAGUUGACUGCAUCCAGGUCGGACAUCUACUUUGUGUCAUCUGCUCCGGUCAACUCCGCCACCAACUGCAGCUCCAGAGACACCAGUUCCCAGAGUUCUCCUCAAACACCCACCGGAUACGAGAUGCCCGUGUUCCCCUCCCCCCUUGGCGAUGAUUCUAUACGGAUUCCGUACGGUACCAAGCUUUCCCUGUACGUGUCUAAGGACGCUGAAGGUGAAACCGCUUGUAAGCACAUCUUCAAGAUUCCGCUGAGUAACCUGGUGGGUCGCAGCAUUGAGAGGCCUCUCAAGUCCCCGCUGGUCAACAAAGUGGUGACAUCCUCCCUUAGCAUGGUGGCCCCUACUCCACUCAGCCCCGCCACACACUCCCUCUCGCUGUCCCGCAUGGAGAUCAAGGAGAUUGCCAGCCGCACGCGCAAGGAGCUGCUUGGUCUGACUGAGGAGCCGAGUGGUAAGCCAGACAACAGCACGGUCAAACAGAGGAAGAUGAGCAGGAAAACUACUGAGGAAGAGCCCAGGGCUCGGGCUUUGACGUCAACUAACGAAAGGAUUGGAUCUGAGUCAGCUGACACAGACUCCGAAGUUCAACGGCAUUGUUCCUCUGGCUCAGAGGCGGAGCCAGAGAAAACGGUGCUAGGCGAGGAGACUCCCCCCCUUCUGACCAACCCCUUCACCCUCUCCACCUCCUUCGAAGAAGAUGUCCUGGACCUCAAGUGAAGACAAUCCCAUCAUGCACUUCUCCACCCACCUCAUUCACACAUCUUUGGGCUUCUCCUUUCCUUGUGUGGGUUGGUUUUGCUUGUUGUUAGAUGAUUUUAUUUUUUCUUCUUGUUUAUCUCCCUGUUGCUUGCCUCCACACCCCUUUUACCCGACCAU